GAUACACACAGCGAUUUGGCGACACCCUGCCCUGCGUGAACGCGAUCGGCCGCUGACGUCUCUGGUGCAGUCUACGAGAGCGCUGGGCCCUUCUUGCUGCAUACGCGGCCACUUUGAUGGUGUUUUGGCGGACCUCUUCCGCCGCGAACGACCGGUCAUAGCUGGCGCUGUCCGUGUGCUGUGGAGAGCAGAUUGUGGAGGAAGCGUUGGCGCCGGCGCAGAAGCUGCAGUUCGCUUGGCCUCUCCGCCCUUCGCGUCGACGGUCGUGAAGUGCUUCCAAAUUCCUUCGCAUCGUAUCCUCGACUCAGUUACAUCAGAACUCAGCACUGAGAGAGACCAGCAAAGCAGAAACGUCGGGGCGAAAAUGGGGUUGGUCAGUUUGUAUCUUAUGAGCUCAGCGCCCCUGCGCAGUCCCCGCUUUCGAGUUAUGUCUCGUUACUCCGAAGAAACGCCUUGGUGACGUCUAACCCCCGUCACACCCGUCUACUUUAUCACUUCACGACUCACUCAAUUCGUUCAACAUGGCGCUUGAUUUUGUGGCCGGAUGCGUGGGAGGCUGUGCUGGUGUGUUGGUGGGCCAUCCCUUCGAUACGAUUAAGGUACACUUGCAAACCCAAGAUGCUCUUCGCCCCAUAUACCGGGGCACUUUUCAUUGUAUGCAGACCAUUGUUCAGAAAGAAUCGGUGCGGGGCCUGUACCGCGGCAUGACGUCGCCGCUGUGCGGCGUGGCGCUCAUCAACGCCGUGGUGUUCGGGGUGUACGGCAACGUGCAGCGCCGCAUGAGCGAGCCCGACGCCCUGUGCACGCACUUCUACGCGGGCGCCGCCGCGGGCGUGGCCCAGAGCUUCAUCUGCAGCCCCAUCGAGCUGGCCAAGACGCGCAUCCAGGUGCAGAUGUCGCGAGGCGCGGCAGGCGGCGAGGUGGCGCGCGGGCCGCUGCAGUGCCUGGUGCGCGUGGCGCGGGUGGAGGGCGCGCGUGGCGUGUGGCGCGGCCUGGGCGCCACGGCGGCGCGCGACUCGUCGGGCGUGGCCGUGUACUUCGUGACGUACGAGUGGCUGGCGCGCGCCAUGGCGCCCGGGGGCGACCAGCCGCUGUCCACCGGGCGCGUGCUGCUGGCCGGCGGCCUGGCCGGCACCGUCUCCUGGAUCUCCUCCUUCCCGGUGGACGUCGUCAAGUCCAGACUCCAGGUGGACGGCAUGGACGGGCCGCGGCGCUACUCGGGCUUCUGGGACUGCUGCCGGCAGAGCGUGCGCGCCGAGGGGCUGUCGUUCCUGGGCCGCGGGCUCACGUCCACGGUGCUGCGCGCCUUCCCCAUGAACGCGGCCACCUUCGCCGUGGUGACGUGGGUGUUCCGGCUGGCGGGGCCCCAGGGCGAGGCGGAGCGCCCGCCGCCCCGGGUGGGGCCGCGGCCCGACGCCGCAAACGCCCUGCCCUUCUGGGCGCGCGCGCUGCUGCUGGCGCGGCGGACCCGCUGUCGAGGCUCCGCCGGCCGCCCAGAAGCAGCUGGCCGGGCUGGGGGGCGGGCGGCGCGCCCCCGCCGGGGACCUGCCGCCGCGUCCUUCCAAGCGCACGUGCCCCGCGCCGCCGCCGCCACGCCCCCCGCACCCCGCCCCCCGCCGCCGCCGCCGCCCACGAGUUCGCCCUCCGUCGCGCACGCAGGACCCCAUCACGACGCGGACAAGUCGGCGGUGGAGGAGCAGGUGGCGGCGGCAUCCGCGCCGAGAGGACGGCGGCGAGGGAGGAGGCGCCAGCGGCGGCCCGCGCCUUAUGAUCCAUGA